CCCUCCCCACACCCGCAGCCGCCGCUACCGCCUCUCCCUCUCCUUUCUGCUUUUUCCUCCUCCUCUUUUUCUCUCCCCUCCUCCCCUUCAUCUUCCUCUUCGUCCUCCCCCUCCUUCUGGACUGACGCUCGCGCCGGGCGCCGGCGUCAGACGCGCGGGGGCGGGGCGAGUACGACGCCGGGUAUAAGUAGAGGGUGCGGGAGGCGGCGCGUCCCCUUCUCCCCGGCGGUUAGUGCUGUGAGUGCGGAGUGUGUGCUCCGGGCCCGGAACACACAUUUAUUAUUAAAAAAAUACAAAAAAAUACAAAAAAAUCUUUUAAAAAACCCACAAAAAAAAUCAUAAAAAAUCCGCGUCUCCCCCGCCGGAGACUUUUAUUUUUUUUCCUCUUUUAUAAAAUAACCCGGUGAAGCAGCCGAGACCGACCCGCCGCCCGCGGCCCCGCAGCAGCUCCGAGAGGGAACGAAGAGACAGGCCUUCCCCGCCGCCAGGACCACAGCCACCUCACGAGCCAGCCCCUGAGCAAGCAGCACCGGUAGCCGGCGGCGGAUCGUACUCGUUCCGUGGCCGUUGAGUAGUUUUCGAUUCCGGUUGAUUUUUGUCCCUUUGCGCUUGCCCUCUCUCCCCUCCCCCCCAGCCCCCCGGCUCCAGACUCCGGCCCCCCACACUCCCUUACCUCUUCCCACGGAAAGUUCGCGGCUUGUGGCCCUUCGGGCGGCGGCGCCGAGAUGAACCCCAGCGCCCCCAGCUACCCUAUGGCCUCGCUCUACGUGGGGGAUCUGCACCCCGAUGUGACCGAGGCGAUGCUCUACGAGAAGUUCAGCCCGGCCGGGCCCAUCCUCUCCAUCCGGGUCUGCAGGGACAUGAUCACCCGCCGCUCCCUGGGCUACGCCUAUGUCAACUUCCAGCAGCCGGCGGACGCUGAACGGGCAUUGGAUACAAUGAAUUUUGAUGUCAUUAAGGGCAAGCCAGUGCGUAUCAUGUGGUCUCAACGUGAUCCAUCACUACGUAAAAGUGGUGUGGGCAAUAUAUUCAUCAAAAAUUUGGAUAAAUCCAUUGAUAAUAAAGCAUUGUAUGAUACAUUUUCUGCUUUUGGAAACAUCCUUUCUUGUAAGGUGGUAUGUGAUGAAAAUGGGUCAAAGGGCUAUGGAUUUGUACACUUUGAGACACAGGAAGCUGCUGAAAGAGCUAUUGAAAAAAUGAAUGGAAUGCUUCUUAAUGAUCGAAAAGUCUUUGUCGGUCGAUUUAAGUCCCGUAAAGAAAGAGAAGCAGAACUUGGAGCUAGAGCAAAAGAGUUCACCAAUGUUUACAUCAAAAAUUUUGGUGAGGACAUGGAUGAUGAAAGACUUAAGGAGCUCUUUGGCAAGUUUGGACCUGCCUUAAGUGUAAAAGUAAUGACUGAUGAAAGUGGAAAAUCCAAAGGUUUUGGCUUUGUGAGCUUUGAAAGACAUGAAGAUGCACAAAAAGCUGUAGAUGAAAUGAACGGGAAAGAACUAAAUGGAAAACAAAUUUAUGUUGGCCGAGCUCAGAAAAAAGUGGAAAGACAGACGGAACUCAAGCGCAAAUUUGAACAAAUGAAGCAGGAUAGGAUCACCAGAUACCAGGGUGUUAAUCUAUAUGUGAAAAAUCUUGAUGAUGGUAUUGAUGAUGAGCGUCUGAGAAAAGAAUUCUCACCAUUUGGUACAAUCACUAGUGCAAAGGUGAUGAUGGAAGGUGGCCGCAGCAAAGGGUUUGGGUUUGUAUGCUUCUCUUCACCGGAGGAAGCCACCAAAGCAGUCACAGAAAUGAAUGGCAGAAUUGUUGCCACUAAGCCAUUGUAUGUAGCUUUAGCCCAGCGCAAAGAGGAGCGGCAGGCUCACCUCACAAAUCAGUAUAUGCAGAGAAUGGCGAGCGUCAGAGCUGUGCCCAACCCUGUAAUCAACCCCUAUCAGCCUCCUUCAGGUUACUUCAUGGCAGCUAUUCCUCAGACUCAGAACCGUGCUGCAUAUUAUCCUGCUAGCCAAAUUGCUCAACUCAGACCAAGUCCUCGCUGGACUGCUCAGGGUGCCAGACCUCAUCCAUUCCAGAAUAUGCCCGGUGCUAUCCGCCCAGCAGCUCCUAGGCCACCAUUUAGUACAAUGAGACCAGCUUCUUCACAGGUUCCACGAGUCAUGUCAACACAGCGUGUUGCAAACACAUCAACUCAGACAAUGGGUCCACGUCCUGCAGCUGCUGCAGCUGCAGCUACUCCUGCUGUCCGCACAGUUCCACAAUAUAAGUAUGCUGCAGGUGUUCGCAAUCCUCAACAGCAUCUUAAUGCACAACCACAGGUUACCAUGCAGCAGCCUGCUGUUCAUGUGCAAGGUCAGGAACCUUUAACUGCUUCCAUGUUGGCUUCCGCCCCUCCUCAAGAGCAAAAGCAGAUGUUGGGUGAACGGCUGUUUCCACUCAUUCAGGCCAUGCACCCUACCCUGGCUGGUAAAAUCACUGGCAUGUUGCUAGAAAUUGACAACUCUGAGCUUCUUCAUAUGCUUGAGUCUCCCGAGUCUCUCCGCUCUAAGGUUGAUGAAGCUGUAGCCGUACUGCAAGCUCACCAAGCUAAAGAAGCUGCCCAGAAAGCAGUUAACAGUGCCACUGGUGUUCCAACUGUUUAAAAAGAAAAGAUCAGGGACCACGAAAUGGAACCUCUGCUUCACCGAAGAAAAAUAUCUAAACAUCGAAAAACUUAAAUAUUGUGAAAAAACAUUGCAAAAUAUAAAAUAAAUAAAAAAAGGAAAGGAAACUUUGAACCUGAUGUACCGAGCAAAUGCCAGGUCUAGCAAACUUAAUGCUAGUCCUAGAUUACUUAUUGAUUUAAAAACAAAAAACAAGAAAAAACAAAAAACCCAAAAAAAUAGUAAAAUAUAUAAAAACAAAUUAAUGUUUUAUAGACCCGGGGGGAAAAGAAUUUUCAGCACAGUACAAAAAUUUAAAGCAUUCCUUUCUUUAAUUUUGUAAUUCUUUACUGUGGAAAAGCUCAGAAUAUCACCACUGUUUUAGAUAACAGAAUUGAUAGCUGAGCAAGGAAACGUAAUUUGGAUUAUAAAAUUCUUGCUUUAAUAAAAAUUCCUUAAACAGUG